AUGAGCAACAAUUCUUCAAAGGAAAACUAGAAUGAUGGUGCAUUAGCUCAUUAUUGGUAAAAUUAUUAAAUGAAAUCGUUUUUAGGAGUUUAAGAUUACUUAUCAAAUUGAAGAAGCAUUAUUAGAAAUUAAUAAUGCUUUAAAUCUUUGUCCUCAAUUUGCCUAAACCUAUACUUUAAGAAGCUCGAUCUUUUAAAUAUCAGUUUAGGUGAAUUAUAUGAGAAGUUGAAAUUAUAUGAUAAGGCAUUGGAAGAUGUAAAUUAUAGCAUAUAUAUCAAUAAUAUGAAUGCUAAAAGUUAUUAUUAACGGGGUAUUAAUUAGAUCUGAUAAUUUAAGCAACAAUUUAUUGGAGAAAAAAAAUUGUUGAUCUAGCAUUAUUGGAUUGUAUGAAGUGUGUUUAGAUUAAUCCAAACUUUGCGAUGAGUUAUUAUAGAAUAGGUAAUGAGAUAAACACAAAUGUUUAGGUACUAUUAUGGGAGAUUUGAAAUAAACGGUUUGUGAACUCUCAUAUUACAAUUAAGCUAUAGAAAAAGAUGAAAACUGUUAUGAUGCAUUUAUGUGUAGAGGUAAUAGAAAAUGUAUAUUUUAAGGUUUGCAUUAUUUGGAUGAACAAAUUAUUGAUUUAGCACUUAGAGAUUACCAUUAAGCUUUAUAUAUUAAUCCUAAAUAUCGUUUGGCUUAUAAUAAUAGAGGUGAAUACAAUUAAAUUUAAUAUAAUAAGCUAUUUAUAUUACAAAAUUGGUGAAAAGGAUAAAGCAUUAAAUGACUAUAAUAAAGCAAUCCAUCUUGAUCCAAAUGAUUUUAUAGCAUAUAAUCGAAGAGGUGAAAACUAAUACACUUAAUUUAAAAGGCCAUUUAUAUUAAGAUAUUGGUGACCAUGAUAAAGCAUUAAGUGACUAUAAUCAAGCAAUCCAAAUUUUGCAAUAGCCUAUUAUAACAGAGGUGAAAACUAUUACACUCAAUAUAUUAGGCAAUUAAUAUAAGAAUAUUGGUGACCAAGACUAAGCAUUAAAUGACUAUAAUCAAGCAAUCCAAUUAGAUCCAAAUUUUGUCCAUGCAUUUAAUGUAAAAGGUUUUAUCUCUAACUUAGUAUUUUAGGUCUUAUCUUAUAAGAUUUGCAAUAACUUGAGCAAGCAAUAAUUUGCUUUGAUAAAGCCAUUUCUCUUGAUACAAAUCUGAUUAAUGCUUAUUAUAACAAAGGUUAAAUGUUUAUUAUCUUUUAGCAGUUUCAUUAUCAAAAUUGA